AUGGCUGACGAAGCUGUUAGAACUGCAUUUCUAGAAAUCCAAGGUCGCAUGAUCGAGACAACAGGGAAACUGAAGCAGGUUCAGACUCAGCUGCGAAAUAAAGAAGGGGACAAGAAACGUGCUUAUUUGACGUUGGAGGAGCUCAAGCAACUGUCAGAAGAUACAAAUACCUAUAAAUCCAUUGGCAGGACGUUUAUAUUAGAACCCAAGUCGGUUUUGAUGGAAGAACAAGAACAGAAGUUCAAGGAUAGUGAAGCUGCUAUUUCCUCUCUGCAGACAUCGAAGGAGUACUUGGAGAAGCAAAUGGCCGAGAUUGAGAACAACCUGCGGGAGCUUUUGCAACAGGACCCUGGUCUUGCUCGUCAGAUCAUGGCCAUGUCCGUAUAA